AUGGAGAAGCAACAGGACCCUCCCGACCCAUACUUCAUUCUCAGAGGCCACAGAUACUUCAUCAACUCAAUAUGCUUUGAUAGAACAAAUGAUAACCUAUUGUUCUCAGGGUCAGGCGAUGGUGAGCUUAGACUUUGGAACAUUGAGGACAAGAGAUGUUUGAAGGUUGUACAACAUGCACAUCCAGAGGGAGGUGUAUUCUCUCUACACUCUGUGCCUGGUCAGAAUGCAUUGGUGUCACAGGGUAGAGAUGGAACGGUUAAGGUGUGGACAUUGGAUCAGUCAGGUCUGACUCUACUCAACAAACUAGAGACCAACUCAAUCUCACUGGGCAAGUGUUCUCCACUCGUAACCAACAUCUCUUCAAUAAUCAAUGCGCCACCAAGGUCAACAGAGCCCGCACUACCCAAUCUAGACUCGUUAUCACUUGGUACCAACAACAACAACAAUAUGCCAGCGAUCAAUGCAAUCGAAAACCUUGUCGCGAUAUCAUCUGAUGAAGUGCCGUCACAGAUUGAGCUGUGGGACAUGACACGAGGCGAGUGCGUGAUGAAAGUGCGCGCCGACCUGUCCACAGCAGGCAUGCCUGGCUCUAGUCAGAACAUUGGCGAGCGCUUCGGAAUGGCAAUGUGCAUGAAGUUGUGGAGAGACACAGACGGUCGUCUCAAGCUAUGCUCUGGCUUUGAGAAUGGUGGCAUGUGUCUGUGGGAUCUGAGCAAUCCCCAGCAAUGCCUUGCAAUGUCCAAGCUUAGCACCGAACCUCUGCUCUCCUUUGCACUCAACGGAGACUGUGGAGUAUCAGGCUCAGGUGAUGAUCGUAUCGUAGAGUUCAAGAUCAACUAUGAGAGUCGCCAGUUCGACAAGAUAGUGGAUCAUAAGUUAAACAACAAUGGUAUAGCCGAUGUAAAGAUUAGGGAUGAUGGCAAGAUAUUCGCUACGGCCGGAUGGGAUAGACGUGUCAGGAUAUUCAACGCCAGGAAGCAUACGCCACUCGCAAUCCUCAAGUAUCACACCGAGAGUAUAUACUCAAUUGAUUUCAAUCGCCAGAAUGUCCUGGCAUCAGCGUCAAAGGAUCUAAAGAUAGCUCUAUGGUCCAUAUACAAAUGA